AUGCCUCGGAUAAAGAAGAAGGGCCAGACCGGCGCGGCCAAGAACUACGUUACCCGAAACCAGGCGAUUCGGAAACUACAGAUCAACCUUCCUGACUUCCGAAAGUUGUGUAUUUGGAAGGGAAUCUAUCCUCGCGAGCCCCGAAGCCGAAAGAAGGUUUCCAAGUCUUCUACCAGCUCGACCACCUUCUACUACACCAAGGACAUCCAGUACCUUCUCCAUGAGCCUCUGCUUCAAAAGUUCCGCGAUCAGAAGGUCCUUGAGAAGAAGAUCUCUCGUGCGCUCGGUCGAGGCGAUGUCACUGAUGCCGCCCGUCUAGAGGGCAACGCUGCGCGACCCGAGAAGACUGGAAAGCCUCGCUACACUCUUGACCAUGUCAUCCGCGAGCGCUACCCUACCUUUAUCGAUGCGGUGCGCGAUCUCGAUGACUGUCUGUCAAUGCUCUUCCUGUUCGCCAAUCUGCCUUCCACCACCUCGGUUCCCGCCAAGAUGAUUGCCCGUUGCGAGCGCCUGUGCCUCGAGUUCCAGCACUACCUCAUUGUGUCGCAGAGCGUUACCAAGUCUUUCCUGUCUAUCAAGGGUAUCUACUACCAGGCCAACAUUCAGGGCGAGGAGGUUCUCUGGCUCGUUCCCUACAAGUUCAACCAGCGCGUUGUUGGCGACGUCGACUUCCGCAUCAUGGGUACUUUCAUUGAGUUCUACAUGACCCUACUUGGCUUCAUCAACUUCCGACUUUACACUUCUCUCGGCCUCAAGUACCCUCCCAAGUUCGAUCAGGCCAAGGAUGAGGCUGGUGCUGAGCUUGGCGCUUUCACUCUUGAGGGCAAGACUCUGGUCGGCGCUGACGAGAAGGAGCAGAAGACAUUGGAGGCUGCCGAGCACAAGCCUGAUCCCAAGGUUCAAGCCGCUGUCAACAAGGUUAUCAAGAAGAUCAAGGGUGGCAAUGCCGACGAUGAGUCGACAGAUGCGACCGAGAACCAGGUAGAGGGUGAAGACCAGGAGACUGGCGCAAUCGACAAGUUUGAGCCCGCAGCUCCUGGUGGCGAUGUCCUUCUCCAGCCUUCCAACACUGGAAGCAACCGCAACAACCUCUUCUCCAACCUCACCAUCUACCUCUCGCGCGAAACCCCACGACAACCUCUCGAAUUCCUCCUCAAGUCUUUCGGCUGCAGACGUGUUGGCUGGGACGCUGUCCUUGGUGACGGUGCUUUCACCACCAACGAGCUUGACCCCAACAUCACUCACCAGAUCGUCGACCGACCCCCUGUUCAGGCUUUUGCCGAGGACGAGGAGGCUGACGGUGAUGACAACCAGACCGCACAGAAGCUUGCCGCCAACCGACGAGUUCCUGGACGAACAUACAUUCAGCCUCAAUGGGUUUGGGACAGCGUUAACGAUGGUGAGCUGAAGGAGGCUCACAUGUACGCUCCUGGCGCUGACCUCCCUCCCCAUCUGAGCCCCUUCGUGCAGAGCGUCCAGGGCGCCUACGACCCUACUAUUCCUUUGGAAGAGCAGGAGCCUGAGGCCGAGGCCAUUGAGGCCCAGAGCGACGGCGAGGAUGAGGUUGACGACACUGCUGAGGGCAUGGAUGUUGCUGAUUCAGAUGAGGGAGAGGAUGCCGAGGACGAUGAGUUCGGCGGUUUCUCCGCCGACGAGGAAGAGGAUGAGGAAGAAGAGGAGGAUGCUGAGGCACGACAAGACGAGCUAGAGGCUGAGCUUACUGGCGGUGCUGUCAAGUCUAAGAACACAAAUGCUAAGGCUAAGGCUAAGGAGGAUGCCCGCAAGGCUCUUUCCAAGAAGGCCCGUGAGGAGGCUGAGGAUCUUGACCGCGCGAAGGGUAUGCUUAGCAAGAAGAAGAGAAAGCUGUACGAGCAAAUGGUGUACACCAACAACAAGAAGAGCGCUGAGGACCAGAAGCUGCGGGCCAAGAGAAGAAAGCUGGAAAAGGAAAAGGCCAAGGGUAAGGCCAAGGCGUAA